UGAGAGGGCAAUUGGAUCAGUUGAUUUAUUGCUUUUCUUUUCUGACGGUCAACUGCAGAUUCAUAGACUAGGCCAUGUCUUUGCCUUUCAGCACGCUUCCUUCGGCUGUGAAGGUGCACCCGGUGCCCUUCACAGUGUCCAUUCCUGAGGAAGAAGUGGAGGAAUUCAAGAUACUGAUUAAGCUGUCCAAGAUCGCACCACAUACGUUCGAGAGUCUGCAGAUGGAUGGCCGCUAUGGAGUCACGACGGACUGGUUGAUCACAAUGAAAGAGCAGUGGCUGAGAGUGUUUGACUGGAGAACAUUGGAGGCCUCUAUUAAUACUUUCCCUCAGUUCAAGACUGUGAUCGAGGACCUAUCCAUACAUUUUGUGGCUCUGUUCUCCAAGAAAGAGGAUGCCGUUCCGAUUGUUCUGCUGCAUGGAUGGCCAGGUAGCUUUUUGGAGUUUCUUCCGAUGCUUCAAUUAUUGCGAGAGGAAUUCACCCCGGAAACUCUGCCGUAUCACCUCAUUGUUCCCUCAUUGCCGGGUUAUGCCUUUUCUUCGGGUCCUCCAUUGGACCGAGAUUUUACGACCUCGGACUCCGCUCGCAUUGUAAACCAGCUCAUGAGCGAUCUUGGGUUUGGGAGAGGCUAUAUAGCCCAAGGUGGUGACAUCGGCAGCAGGAUUGCGAGAACACUAGGCGUCACUUAUGAUGGUUGCAAAGCGAUCCACCUCAAUGUCUGCAACAUGCAACGCCCCGAUGGUAUCUCAGAUGAAUCCCUUUCUGCCUCCGAACAGAAGGGACUAGAGAGAUACCGGGGAUUCAUGGAAUCCGGUAUGGGUUAUGCUAUCGAACAACGCACUAAGCCAAGUACCAUUGGCCUUGCCUUGUCAACCAAUCCGAUUGCAUUACUCGCCUGGAUUGGAGAGAAGUUUGUGGACUGGGUUGGCGAACCUCUUCUGACCGAGACCAUCUUGGACUCUGUUUCUCUGUACUGGUUUACCAACACAUUCUCGCGCUCCAUUUAUCAUUACAGGCAGAAGCCUGCCGAUUUCCCAUUUCAUGACAAACCACUGGGCUACUCGUAUUACCCAAUGGAGUUGGCGCCCUUCCCCAAAUCAUGGGUGGAGACUAUAGGAAACUUGGUCUUUUUCAGAGAGCAUCAGAAGGGAGGCCACUUUGCUGCUCUCGAACGACCCCAGGACUUUACGAAUGACCUAGUCGAGUUUAUCGAACAGGUCUGGCCGGGUAUUUCAGGAAACCAAUAGUUCAAGGUCUAGAUAUAUCUUGUAACUAUUCAUAAGCAAGUUAUAAACUGUUAGCAGCA